CACAACUUGCGUCAAACCCAGCAAAUAGACCCUGACCAAUGACAAGCAGUUUACUUAGACCUGUUUACCUUGCGUCUAGCAAGUGAUGUCAAAGAGGAAUUUGUUUAUUUCUGCUUGAGCUGAAUGUGCAAACUAUAGAGUGGAUAUGGCCAAGCACUGUGGUGUUGCUUUACUUUUCCUUAUUAAACUGUGCUACAGUGACUGCUGUCCUGAACUAUGCCAGUGCUUCUCAGCUGCAACGGUCAUUUGCUCAGAUGACAGAAUGAAAGUUUUACCUGUAAACAUCUCCACACAAGUGAAAGAACUUAUCGUAUUGGCAUCUGGUGUCACACAUGUGAAUGGAAGUUCCUUUAGAGAAAACCUUAAACUUAAUAAGCUGGUUAUUCUUAACUGCCUCUUAAAAGUGGUUUCAAGCAAUGCCUUUGACCAGCUGACUGAGCUGCGGGAGCUUGAAAUCAGUGGAAACUCACAUUUGUUUACAUUUGAAAUGGAGACCUUCAACAAGUUGGUUCACCUUACAAGACUUUUACUCAACAACAACAUGAUCAGUGUUUUGUACAAUGGCAUUUUUGACUGUUUACAGAGACUGGAAACAUUAAACUUAAGGGGAAAUGGCUUGUCAUAUCUACCCAGUCUUCUUUUUCAAAAUCUUCACCAACUUCAGGAACUUGACUUGUCUUUUAACCAGAUAGGCUCUCUGUCAGCUGAUAUAUUUCAUAACAACUCUGUUUUAAGGGUGUUUACCAUGCAGGGCAACAUGAUCUCAUACCUUCCAGUAGACAUCUUUGCCCACCUAAAUCAUUUGGAGGAGCUGAAUUUCCAAAGCAAUCACAUAAUGAAUCUGGAUCCUGAAGCAUUUCCACCAAGUCUCCGGAAACUUGUUCUUAAAAAAAAUAGACUGGUCCAACUAUCCCCUGUGGGUUCUCAGAAACUACAACACCUUUUAUAUUUGGACUUGUCUCAAAAUAGUCUCUCGGAACUCCCUACGGAUUUCUUUCAGAACCUCAUUUCACUGAAAAAUCUGGACCUGUCUGAGAACCAGAUUGUCUCAUUGCGUAGUACUGCCUUCAAAGGACUUUUAAAUCUAAAAACAAUCAAUUUGCAGAGAAAUAACUUGAGCUUACUGGAAGGUGACUUGUUUAAGGAUCAGCAAGUCAUGGAGAAGUUGUACUUAUCUAUGAACAACCUGCGAAGUAUACCAUUCGGCUUAUUUGAUUACCUUGAUUUCCAGUGCAUAGUUCAACUCCAUGGGAAUCCCUGGCACUGUGACUGUGACAUACAGUAUUUCUUAGAUUGGCUGAGAUACAACCACAGAAAUGUGGAUGAUUUCAGUAAAGUUUACUGCAAUGAACCGGAGUUUAUAAAAGGGCACAAUCUGGUCUCUUUGGAUAAGGAAACGCUUCUUUGUUCAAAAAAUUCAAGUUCUGAGUUGGAAGGUUCAGCUGCCAAUAUUGCUCAAAGUGUUACCAAGGUUCCCUUCAAUGAUUACAGCACGAUUCAGUGCUCAUUCCAGGAAUUCAAUGAUGCAACAUUCAUUAGGUGCAAAGUCAAUAAAUGUACCAGCUUGAAGUUUCAGGCUGUUUUCAAAAAUGCAGAUGGAAAUAAAUCAGAAUGUGUAGUGAGCCAUGAGUGGCCAGCACCCACUGGAUGCUUAAAUGGGACCUUGUAAACAUAAUAAACAUGUGCUAAACAAAUAUUUUCUGUAGUGACCUUUAAUUAAUUUAUCAAAGUACAAUGCAUUUAUGAGACUAACAACACAAUGUUUCAUCAAGCUAAAUGAUUUAUACCAAUAUACAAUUUAUAACAAAUAAAUGUUUUGGAGAAGUUAACAAGUGUUUAGUCUCUUUCAGUAUUAUCGGCAUGAAUUAACAGUGCUCUAACUCUGCACUUAUACAAAAGAAAAUAUACUUUUCAUAAAUAUACUUAAAGUUUACAGUUAAAUGUACUUGACAGCAAAAAUAAAACAGCAAAAAUAAAAAAAUAAAACUAAAUGUUGAAUUUUAAAACAUUUCUGGAUAACCUCGUCAUUGAAUUAUUGUCAUUUUCUCUAAUUUUCUUAAUUUUACUAAUUUGUAAUUGAACAAAUGGAAAUAAAAAAAUGAAAAC